AUGGUCGAUGCCACUGCCGGCCACGAGAUGUUCACCUUCACGGACGCCUUUAGUAGGUACAACCAAAUCUUGAUGCACCCAGAUGAUCAGGAAAAGACCGUCUUUAUCAUGGAAAGAGGAACCUACUGCUACAAAGUCAUGCCUUUCGGCUUAAGGAAUGUUGGGGCAACUUACCAACGUCUUGUCAAAAAUAUAUUCGAAAAACUGUUGGGCGACACCAUGGAAGUCUACAUCGAAGAUAUGUUGGUCAAGUCAGAGACAGCCUCAGACCACAUCAGCCACUUACAACAAGCUUUCGAGCCCAACAUACAACAUGAAGUCGCCCAAGAAGUCAACAUGAUAUCAGACGAUAACUGUCCACCAACAUGGACAUUGCUCACUAGCGGGUCCUCCAACAUACGGGGGACAGGGCUUAGACUUAUGCUAAAGUCGCAACAAGGGGACAUGAUUGUACAAUCUAUAUGCUGCGCGUUCAAAGCCACCAAUAACGAAGAAGAGUACGAGGCCCUAAUCCUAGGACUGACGCUAGCCCAUGACAUGCACAUCCGACGACUCGAGGUACGAUGUGAUUCGUUAUUGAUUAUUAGCCAAAUUAACGGUUCUUAUGCAGCGAAGGAAUCCAAGAUGCAAGCCUACCUCGAGAUAGCUAAAUCCCUUGUCAGGAAGUUUGAUUCAUGCAACCUCCAACAGAUACCAAGAGACCAAAACAGUCAAGCCGACACAUUAGCAAACUUGUGCUCCAAUAUCAACCCUACAAAAUUAACCACAGUUCGUAUCGUCCACCUCAUUCACCCAGCUACCACAAAAGAAACCUUCCCAAUUAGGGAACAACCUUCCACUAGUCAAACACCUACUCCCACAUCAUGGUUCAUCUUAAUCCCUAACGUCCUAUUCAGAGAUUCAGUCGCAAGACCUUACCUCAGAUGCCUUGAUCACGACGAGAUCGAGACGAAACUAAGGAAUAUCCAUGAUGAAGAAUGUGAAAGAUUCAAUCGCCUUUGGAAAAAAGUGCUAUUCAAGCCAGCGUUUUGCGUCUAUAUCUCACCAAACCUGCGAAGUGCUCAAUCCCAUCCUAUCCCCUUGGCCCUUCAUGAAGUGGGGGAUGGAUAUAGUGGGCUUGUUACCUCAAGCUUCAAGACAACGCGUAUUCAUGUUGGCAAUGACAGACUAUUUCUCCUAGUGGUCGAAGCGGAAGCAUUCAAACAAGUAAGAGAUACAGAAUUCAUAUCUUUCAGCAAACGCAACGUCUUAAGACGGUGCGGGAACCCAUCCGAAAUCGUCUAUGAUAAUGGUUGCCAGUUCAUCAGCAACAAAACAACGAAGUUUUGUGCUAGGUACAACAUCACCUUGCACACGUCAACUCCAAGGUACCCACAAGUUAAUGGUCAAGCAGAGUCGAGCAAUAAGAUCAUUAUCAAUAAUCUCAAGAAGCGAUUAGAUGAUGCCAAAGGGAAGUGCGCACACGAACUCUCCAUGAUAUUAUGGUCCGACAGGACGACACCUGAAACAACAACCAACCACACUCCAUUUUCAUUAGUGUUCGUGAUCCCACUCGAAGUCGAGAUCCCGACAACGCGGUACGGUCUCAUGACGGCAGAAAGAAACAACUCAGUGUUGGCUCACGGCAUCGACACAGUCGACGGGCUUAGGGAAGCAACCAGGGUAAGGAUGGCAUCCCAUCACCCAAAUGUCGCAAGAAGUUACAACAAGAAAGUACGAGUUAAGGCUUCCAACAAGGAGAUUGGGUGUUACAAAAUGUCUUCCCCAAUAAGAAAGAUAUGCGGCGCGGGAAGUUGGCACCAACUUGGGAAGGUCCGUGUCAUGUUGUGA